GGGAAAGCGGGGAGAGCAGUACCAGCGAUGCUUUGAGUUUGGAUGCCUGGCUCUGCAGCCCACCUACCACACAGGCCACGGGGCUGCUCUGGGAGCUGAUGCCUCCUGUGUUCCCACCUGACCUCCAAGCAGACCCACCAGUUUUGCUUGGACUUUACCAGCAGAGGCCCUAGUGUUGGUGGCUUUCCAAGAUAGCCUCUUCAGUGGCACCUACAUGAAGCCUUCGCUGUCUCCUGGAGCUGCACAGCCCCAGAAAAACUGACCACUCUGUUGAACUUGGCCACCCACUCCCAGGAGGCUAGCCUGAGUCCCUCAUCCCAACAGCGCCUCCUGAAACCUCCGGUUUCUGCACCUGUGCAAGCAUGAGCUGAAGCAACUGAGCUCCAUUCCGUACCUGUCACGCUGCUUCUGAGGGACCCUCGUCAGCUACCUACAGUCUCCCAGCCAACUGGUUCCCUGCAUGCAUUGAGUGGUCUGUGUUCUUCUAUGACCACAGUUGCAGUGGGAGAGACAGGGCCUUGCAGAAGCCAGCUCCUAGCGGUCCAAGGGAGACCAGGACCCUCCAAAGCCAUGACCCCCUCCCAUCCUUCUCUGCAGUUCUGGAUACGUCUCUGUUUCUGGUGUCUCUUCCCGAUGUCAGCAGUAGUGGCCCAGCAAGGCUCACACACUCAGGCUGAGGACCGCCUGUUCAAACACCUGUUUGGAAGCUACAAUCGCUGGGCACGGCCAGUGCCCAACACUUCAGAUGUGGUCAUCGUGCGCUUUGGACUAUCCAUUGCCCAGCUUAUAGAUGUGGAUGAGAAGAAUCAAAUGAUGACCACCAAUGUCUGGUUAAAGCAGGAGUGGAAUGAUUACAAGCUGCGCUGGGACCCAGCUGAGUUUGCCAACAUCACCUCCCUCCGGGUCCCUUCAGAGAUGAUCUGGAUCCCAGACAUUGUCCUCUACAACAAUGCAGAUGGGGAGUUUGCAGUGACCCACAUGACCAAGGCCCAUGUCUUCUUCACGGGCGCUGUGCACUGGGUGCCCCCAGCCAUCUACAAGAGCUCCUGCAGCAUCGACGUGACCUUCUUCCCCUUCGACCAGCAGAACUGUAAGAUGAAGUUUGGCUCCUGGACAUAUGACAAGGCCAAGAUCGACCUGGAGCAGAUGGAGCAGAUGGUGGACCUGAAGGACUACUGGGAAAGCGGCGAGUGGGCCAUUAUCAAUGCCACCGGGACCUAUAACAGCAAGAAGUAUGACUGCUGUGUGGAGAUCUACCCCGACGUCACCUACUACUUCGUUAUCCGCCGGCUGCCGCUGUUCUACACCAUCAACCUCAUCAUUCCAUGCCUACUCAUCUCCUGCCUCACUGUGCUGGUCUUCUACCUGCCCUCCGAGUGCGGAGAGAAGAUCACGCUCUGCAUUUCAGUUCUGCUCUCGCUCACUGUCUUCCUGCUCCUCAUCACAGAGAUCAUCCCGUCCACCUCGCUGGUCAUCCCACUCAUUGGCGAGUACCUGCUCUUCACCAUGAUCUUCGUCACCCUCUCCAUCGUCAUCACGGUCUUCGUGCUUAAUGUACACCACCGCUCCCCCAGCACCCACAAUAUGCCCUCGUGGGUGAGGGUGGGUCUGCUAGGCCAGGUGCCUCGCUGGCUGAUGAUGAACCGGCCCCUGCCACCUGUGGAGUUCCAUGGCUCUCCGGGUCUGAAGCUCAGUCCUACUUAUCACUGGCUGGAGACCAACACAGAUGCUGAAGAAAGGGAGGAGACAGAGGAAGAGGAGGAGGAUGAAAACAUAUGUAUGUGUGGAGGCCUCCCAGACCCCUCCAUGGGUGUCCUCUACGGCUGUGGUAGCCUGCAUCUGAGGGCCCUGGAGCCUGAGGCCAAGGCUCCAUCACAGGAUAGUGAGAUCAUGCUGUCACCUCAGAUACAGAAAGCGCUGGAAGAUGUACACUACAUUGCUGACCAUCUGAGGUCUGAGGAUGCUGACUCUUCGGUGAAAGAAGACUGGAAGUAUGUGGCCAUGGUGGUAGAUCGGAUAUUCCUCUGGCUGUUCAUUAUCAUCUGCUUCCUGGGGACCACUGGGCUCUUCCUUCCUCCAUUCUUGGCUGGAAUGAUCUGAUUUUAUGUCCUCUAUGUUGGCUCCAAGGUGGCCUUGACAACCAUCUUCUGGUCUUCUCUAACUGGAGCCAUCUCUAGAAUGUUCUUUUGGGUCAAUGUCAUCUGUCUGCAGUGUUCCUAUGAUGCUCCCAAACUAGUCUGGACUUCAAAUACUCUUUGGAACAGCUCACAGUGACAUUGUUGUGCCAAGUGCUGAGACCACUCAACACGAUCCCUGUUUAGGGAUGCUGAGGAACUAGAAAGGGUGAAGGCAUUUCCUCUGCAGAAGGUGACAAUAUGGCAGUGACUUGAGGGAGAACAAGAUAUUCCUGAAAGAGCGAUGGGAACUGUAUAUGAACCAAAACAUCGAACAAAGGGACGGAGGGGUCAGACCAGGGCAAACGGAAAUAGAACAGUGCCCCAAAGAUGGGGACCUGGGGACAAAGGGAGCAUCUAGUGUAGAGAGCUCUGAACAGCACUUUGGAUUCAGAGUGUCAGAGAGGACAACUUGGGAUGGGGAGCUUGGGAAGGCAGGUUGGGGUAUCUUUAAUCCAGACCGAGGAAAAAGUUCAGCGUCUUCUGUCUCUGUGUUUCGUGAGGCAGUAUCAGUGGCACAAGGCUAUUUCCACAAGGAGUAAGGCACAAAAGUUCCCAACCUGAAGGUCUCGACCCCUUUCACUUAUCAGAUAUUCUGCAUAUCAGGUAUUUAUAUUACAAUUCCUA